AUGGCGAAGAAGAAGAAGGGCCUCGCACCCGUCAAUCGAGGUUUCGCUACCACCUCUCAACCGAAAAAGGCGGUACCCGUAGUCGAAGAAGCACCGGAAGCUGAAGAGCCGGUCGUCAACGAGUCUAACAACCUCAAGGAUGGAAAACCUGGAGGAGGCGCAAAGGCCGGUGAUCAGAAGAAUGGUACAGCGGCUGAUGGAAAGGCUGCUGCGACGGGCGAGGACGAUUGGGAGAACGAGUUCGAGCUGGAAGAAGGGAUCUACCAGGGUUACGUCGAGCGGUUGCAAGAAAAGGGAGAAAAGGAGAUCAACAGAAUCAUCAAGGCGAUCGACUUUGAUAGGCGGAUGAACAAGGGGUACAUCACCCUGAACCUCGAGGAAUCGUUACAAGAAGAACUGCUCGAGCUGAACAAGACGACGGUGAGACGACCGGCCGAACCUCUCAAAAUACCAACAACCCAGCAAGAAAAGGAAAAGACGCUUCUGAAGCUAUAUAUCAAUUUCGGGGUCUUGACACGAUUAGGGUAUCAAGAAGAGAAGGUUCUCAAGUGUCUAGAGGUAGUUGGCGAGAAAGGAGGGUGGGAGGAAGGACUCGAUUGGCUCUUGACAAACGUGGGAAAGCCUGAACAACAGAAAUAG